AUGUGUGGUGGAGCGUCCCUCGCGGACGUCAAGGUUCCCACGGUGACGUGGAAAGUGACGAAGGCGGCUCUAUGUCCCAAGAAGAAGAAGCCCCGGCAUGGCAGCAACGGGGGCCGAUGCUUCACAGGGCUUGGUGGGUGCAUGGGACCCGACGUGGACGACAACGAGGAGGAUUUCGAGGCCGAACUCGAAGUGUUCGAGGUCAACUUCGGGGACUCCGACGUGGAGCUCGGGCGCACUAGGGUGGAUGAGAAGGAUGACGACAACGAGGUCGUCGAGAUCAAUUCCUUUGCCGCCGCCAAGAGUUCCCUCUCCCAAGUGAUUGGUUGUUGUACCAGGAGAUUGUGUGAUUGGUUCGGAAAAGAUGACUUAAGCACCAUGACUACUGCAGGUUUUGAUGGUCCUUCAGCAAAAAGGAAGAGAAAGAGUCAAUUUAGGGGUAUUCGUCAGCGCCCCUGGGGUAAGUGGGCUGCUGAAAUCAGAGAUCCAAGCAAGGGUGCACGUGUCUGGCUUGGUACUUUCAACAGUGCUGAAGAAGCUGCAAGAGCUUACGAUGUUGAAGCACGCAGGAUCCGUGGCAACAAGGCCAAGGUUAACUUUCCAAAGGAACCAAUAGUUCCACAGAAGCGUCGUGCUCGCCCUGGUGCUCCUAAAGCACCAAAGCUAAGCGUGGCAUCGGAACCUUCUGUCAUGCCAUCAGUCAACAACCUUUCCAACCCAAAUGCUUUCAUCUACCCAUCUGCUAACUUUGCAUCAAACCAGCCACUUGCUCUACCUGACAACCUGUCA